GGGCGCUACAUUCGCGGCUUAGGUUAAGAGCGGAUAGGGAUAUGAGCUUAGCUCUUGGGAUUAGCCAGUUCGAAGCGAAGACGCAGCUUUGAGUUGGCUGCCCCAAGAGUAAGACAGGAUGUCGUCGACUCCAACGGCGUCCAGCGGGCCCCACCUGCCGCUGCAGAGCCUGCCACAGCAGCAGAGCAGCUGGACGGACGACCUGCCCGUCUGCAACAACUCUGGCGUUGGUUACGAAACGAACAAGGCGUACCGGCGUGACGGUUACCGGACCCAGGAGCACACACAGGAGGACUACAGCUUCCACUUUGAGCUGGACACCGACCUCUGCCUGUACGGCGUGUUCGACGGCCAUGAUGGGUCGCGCGCUGCCCACUUCGCCCAGCAGCGAAUGCCAGCGGAGCUGAGCUUCGGCCAGCUGACCCGGCGCGGCAGCUCGGACGAGAGCGUGUGCGUGGCGCUGCAGCAGGCGUUCCUGGCCGUCGAGAAGGGCUUCUUCGAGAUGAUCGACGAGGCGCUGGCCCAGCGCGCCAUGCUGCUCUCCGAGAUACCGGCGGGCCUGACCGAGUUCGAGGCGAACCGGGAUCAUCCGGCGGCGAUGCAGAAGCUGACCCAGCUCAACUCUCGGAUCAGCGGCGGCACCACGGCCGUCGUGGUGGUGGUCCACCAGAACCGGCUGUACGUGUCCAACGUGGGGGACUCGCGCGCUCUGCUCUGUAAGACGGACGAGAACGGCAUUCUGAAGGUACUGCAGCUGACCACUGACCAUACGCUGACCAACGAGGACGAGCUGUUGCGUCUGCAGCAGCUCGGCAUGGACGUGACGCCGCUCAGACAAGGCGAGACGCUGGCCGGCCAGGAGGUGACGCGCUGCCUGGGCAACUACCGGGUGAAGGGCGGCUACCGCGAGGACGAGCGCCUGCGCGCCUGCUGCGCCGAGCCGGCGCUGGCCGAGCCCGACUUCGUCAGCGUGCAGCUGGACGAGUCGUGCCGCUUCCUGCUGCUGCUCUCGCGCGGCCUCUACCGCGCCCUGGAGGAGGUGCGCGACGAGCCGCAGGUCAACAAGGAGGUGGCCCAGCUGGUAGUGGAGGAGUUCGCCAAGUCGACCACGCUGGCGGGCGUGGCGCAGACGGUCGUGAACCGCGUGGCGCGCGACCACCAGGACUGCUUCAUCAACUCCGGCAACAAGCGGUGCCAGCGCUGCGAGGACAUGACGCUGCUGGUGCGCAACUUCAGCUACCCGCUGCGGUCGUCCGGCGGCGCCAGCACCGUCACCUCUAACACGUUCGUCACCACGGGCCACCCCAGCACCACCAGCAGCAGCACCAACUCGUCCGAACAGAACACCAACCCCUACUCUCUGUCCCUGGACGCCGACCAGCGCAUCAAGCCCUACAUCUCGUUCGACGGGUACCGCGAGAACCUGCAGAAGGCGAAGGAGCGUGGCGAGUUCACCGACGAAACGUGGUGGAAGCGCCUGCUGAACAUGUAGCGCGCGCUCCCGCGUCCGUCGGCGCUGCCCGCGAAGCUGUUGCUGAACGCUGGUGCGUCGGCCUCCUCCGGUGCUGCGCGGUGGUGUCUGAGAGACUGGCUCUGAUCGCUCCGGUGGCCAUUGGACCGUUUGUGGCAGCGAGUUACUGCUGGGUCAUUGCUGGGUCAUCGCACGCGCCUCCUCUGUGAUAGCGGUAAGCUGUUUCUAAUGUCGUCGGUCGCCCGCUGAUGCCGCGCGAAGGCCGCCGUCGUGUUUCCCCCGGCUGUAGCCCCGCCCUCCGAGUCACAUGGCGGCCCUGUGGCCGGGGGCGACGCUCCGAGCGGCUGGCCUUUAUCCAGCCAGCGGUGAGGUGCAGCGCUGGAGUUGCUGCACCGCGGGACUGUAGGCUUUGGCCGCUGGGAAUGUGUUUGUCUUUGGGCGCCAUGAGGGGUGGGCAGGGGAAGACGGAGCAGCGCAGACACUGGCCUGCCAGCAGCCGCAGGACGGAUGGAGCGGAACGCGUCGGCUGCUGUCUAUUCUGAGACAGGACUUUAAAGCCGUGUUAGGCUUUUCAGUUCAGUAAAGCUUUCCUAAUGGUGAUUUACGUGUUUUGUGUGCUUAAUGACGAGGCUAUGAAAUGAAAGGUAGUCUGCGUAGAGGCACAGCUGGUAUGCUCGAAUUUGACUUUGUACGUUAUGGGUAUGUUCGUUUUUGACUCUGGACAUUUUUGGACUGUCUGCUGCUCCGCACGUACGUCCAUGACCAGCUCUAAUUGGAGGAAGCAGAUGUCUGAUACAUUUUAAUAGGUCAUUUUGCUCUGAUUACAAUGUUCUAUGGCAUUUCGUUUAUUAUCGUGGUUGCAUGCACUGGCCUUCGAAUUGUCAACUUCUGUUCUGAUCGAAAUUUUAAGUUUUCAUCUGAUUCUUUGAAUCCAUGCAUCCAAGCCAAACUUUUAUCAUUGCUAUGCACGUAUCUCGUGAAAUGUAGUUCAGUCUUGAUAUUUAAAAUCAUUUUCAUUGAAAACAUUUUGUUUCGUGCUCAGCUUAUUCGCACGUUUUGUCUUCAUUGGUAUGUUGGUCUGCUUCGCCCAGUUUAUCCUAAUUUGUGACGUUUUUGCGAUUUCCAUGUGAUCCUUUUACUACCCCGGGCUACGCUCUGUGUUAAAAUUAUGUGACCCGUGUAUGGCAGGCUAAUGUGUACCACUGUUGUCUUGGUCGUGUUCACUCUGUGUGUUUCAUUGUUGCUUAUGGUUCCUCAUAAUGGCGAUGAGAUGGUCUCGGUAGGCGCUUUUGGUAGCCGCUUUUACAAGCCGGAUCGCACAGAUGGCGCUGUAUUUUCGUCGCGUGAACAGGAGUGCCGCUACACUGUAAUACAUGGU